GCUGUGUAGCUGCGCUGCUCAUUGGGAUCCAGGAGGGAAGAGGUUAAAUUUCCUUCUCAGGGAAACAUUGUCGGGUCUAUGGAGGGGGUAGAGAGGCGCAUACCAAUUGGCGAGGCAUUCCGCUUUCCUUGAAUGAAAUGCUGUGAAUAUGAAUCCGUAUUUCCCCCCUCUCGCCUGAGGUUCGGGGUCUGCGACGCGCACGAGGAUCAACCGGAGUUGCAGAAGAGGAGAACCGGGGAAAAAGUGAUGGAAAAGUUGCCCUGAUCUGUGUCGGGGUCUGGUGGAUGAGGGAGCGCAGCUCUAACUCGCAAAGUUUCCGAUCUCAAGUGACAGAUUCAAAACUGGACUGAUAUAAUGUGACUGCAAGGAGAGAGCCUUUCAGCGUGGACUACUGCGACCGCUCGCGUUAUUUUACUCACUUUUUAUUGAACUUUCAGUAACAGUGGAUUUAUAAUUUUGUCCUUCUUUUGCACAAAGGAACUAAAUGAUUGGAGUGAAAUCGCCUGACUGCUGCGAGCGCACUGCAUUAACGGGAUGAAUUCAAAGAAAGGAUAAAGCUCUUCUAGCAUAGUUUUUACACAUGCUAUCAUUAAGUUCAGUUUAACUACUGAAACCGAGCAUGUGUUGAAAUCUGUUUAUUCUUUUUCCGCCUUUUCAAGCCUUCUUCUCAUCCACAACAAGAAGCAAAAGCAAGCUGCUGAUAAGCUGCUCCUGGACGGUUGUGGUAUUUGACUUUUUGUUACUCACACAUUUGAUUUGGGAGUUACUUUUUUUUAAACUCUGGAUUCACAAACCUUGCUUUGCAGUUUGACAUGAAGGAGCGUAUGCUUAAAUUGCUUUUUGAAUAAUUUGGAUUACACAAGAAGAUUUCUCACAAGAGAGGCGUUGAAUUAUGUCUCCAACUUCCAUUGGAUUUGUAUUUCUGUUAGGAAUUCUCCAUGUGUGCUCAGGAUCUCGUCUCCGCCAAGAGGACACCCCACCCCGAAUUGUGGAACACCCCUCUGACCUGAUUGUCUCCAAAGGGGAGCCCGCCACCCUCAACUGUAAAGCUGAGGGGCGGCCUACCCCGACAGUGGAGUGGUACAAGGAUGGAGAGCGGGUGGAAACGGACAGGGACAAUCCCCGUUCUCAGCGCAUGCUGCUGCCCAGUGGCUCCCUCUUUUUUCUACGCAUCGUCCACGGACGACGGAGCAAGCCGGAUGAAGGUUCCUAUGUCUGUGUUGCCCGCAACUACCUGGGAGAAGCAGCGAGCCACAAUGCCUCUCUGGAAGUAGCCAUUUUACGUGAUGACUUCAGACAAAACCCUGCAGAUGUGAUCGUGGCGGCAGGAGAGCCGGCGGUCCUGGAGUGUCAACCUCCCCGUGGACAUCCUGAACCCACCAUAUCGUGGAAAAAAGAUGGAGUAAACAUUGACGACCGAGAUGAGAGAAUCACUAUACGCGGAGGGAAGCUGAUGAUCACAAAUGCCCGGAAGAGCGAUGCUGGGAAAUAUGUGUGCGUUGGCACAAACAUGGUCGGAGAACGUGAAAGUGAAAUAGCCGAACUCACAGUACUUGAACGUCCCAGCUUUGUCCGUCGCCCAGGCAGCCAGGUGAUGUUAGUAGACCAAAGUGUGGAGUUCAGGUGUGAGGCUCGUGGCGACCCAGUUCCCACCGUGCGCUGGAGGAAAGACGAUGGUGACCUGCCCAAAGGAAGAUAUGAGAUUCGUGAAGACCACACCCUGAAGAUCCGUCGUCUGACUUCAGCCGAUGUAGGCUCCUACACCUGCGUGGUCGAGAACAUGGUGGGCAAGGCGGAGGCAUCGGCCUCGCUCACCGUCCACGUUGUGUCUGUGCCACCGGCUUUUGUGGUUAGACCAAGGAACCAGGUGGUGGGGGUUGGCAGAACCGUCACCUUUCAGUGCGAAGCCACUGGAAACCCACAGCCAGCCAUUUUCUGGCAGCGGGAAGGCAGUCAGAACCUUCUGUUCUCCUACCAACCUCCUCAACCAUCCAGCCGAUUUUCUGUAUCUCAGUCUGGGGACCUGACCAUCACGGAUGCCGAACGCUCAGACAUGGGGUACUACAGCUGCCAGGCCAUCAACACUGCUGGCAGCGUCCUCACCAAGGCUCUGCUAGAGAUCACUGAUGUUGUGUCGGACCGCCCGCCUCCAGUUAUCCGGCAGGGCCCGGCCAAUCAGUCAGUAGCUGUGGACGGCACAGUCAUCCUCAAUUGUGUGGCAACAGGAAACCCCACCCCCACCAUUCUGUGGAGGAAGGAUGGUGUGUUGGUGUCCACACAUGACUCCAGGGUCAAACAGCUGGACACAGGCGCAUUACAGAUCCGCUAUGCAAAGCUUGGUGACACUGGUACCUACACCUGCAUCGCAUCUACACCGAGUGGAGAGGCCUCAUGGAAAGCCUACUUAGAGGUUCAUGAGUUUGGAGUUCCAGUUCAGCCAAACAGGCCCACUGACCCAAACCUGAUCCCCAGUGCCCCUUCCAAACCUGAGGUCACUGAUGUUACCCGCACCUCCAUCUCCCUUUCCUGGAGACCUAACCUUAAUGCUGGAGCCACGCCCACCUCCUAUAUAAUAGAGGCCUUCAGUCAUGCAUCAGGGAGCAGCUGGCAAACCUUGGCAGAGCAUGUGAAAACUGAGUCAUUUGUACUGAAGGGCUUGAAGCCCAGUGCAGUCUACCUCUUCUUAGUACGGGCAGCCAAUGCCUACGGGCUGAGUGAUCCCAGUCCUAUCACUGAAGCUGUGAAAACACAAGAUAUCCCUCCCACCAGUCAGGGCGUGGACCAUCGUCAGAUCCAAAGGGAGUUGGGAGAAGUGCUUAUACACCUUCACAACCCAACCAUUCUCUCCUCCUCAUCUGUCAGGGUGCAGUGGACCGUGGAGCAGCAGUCGCAGUACAUCCAGGGCUACAAGGUGAUGUACAGACCUUCACCGCAGGGGCUACAGAGGAGUGAGUGGGCUGUGUUCGAGGUGCGAACCCCCGGGGAGGACAGCGCUGUUGUGCCGCAGCUUCGGAAAGGAGUCACAUACGAAUUCAAAAUCCGCCCCUUCUUCGAUGAGUUCCAGGGAACAGACAGUGAUAUCAAAAUUGGCAAGACGCUGGAAGAAGCCCCCAGUGCCCCGCCUCGUGAGGUUACAGUGACGGAGAGUGAGGACAAUGGGACCGCCAUCGUGGUCUCCUGGCAACCCCCUCCAGAAGAGGAACAGAAUGGGGUGGUCCAGGAGUACAAGAUUUGGUGCUUGGGGAAUGAGAGCAGGUACCAUAUCAACCGCACAGUUGACGGCUCAGUCUUAUCCCUGCUCAUUCCCAGUCUGGCCCCAGGGAUCCGCUACAGCGUGGAGGUAGCAGCCAGCACCGGGGUGGGUCCCGGGGUCAAGAGCGAUAUCACCUUCUUCCAGCUUGAUGCAUCUGGGCGAAUGACAGAGACAGGGAUCCAAGAGAACCCCCUUUCCCAGCAGAUCUCCGAUGUUGUCAAGCAGCCGGCCUUUAUAGCCGGCAUAGGAGCUGCGUGCUGGAUCAUCCUCAUGGUCUUCAGCAUCUGGUUGUAUAGACACCGAAAGAAGAGGAAUGGCCUCUCCAGCAGUUAUGCAGGCAUUCGCAAAGUUCCGUCAUUUACUUUCACACCAACCGUGGCAUAUCAGAGAGGAGGAGAGGGUGUUAGCAGCGCUGGAAGGCCUGGUUUGCUAAACAUUGGGGAAUCUGCUACACAACCAUGGCUGGCAGACACAUGGCCAAACUCCUGCUCCAAUCACAACGACUGCAGCAUGAACUGCUGCACUGCAGGCAAUGGCAACAGUGACAGCAACUUGGCAACCUACAGCCGCCCAGCCGACUGCAUCGCCAAUUAUAACAACCAGAUGGAAAACAAGCAGACCAACCUCAUUGUGCCAGAGGCAGGCGUCUAUGGAGAUGUAGACUUGUCCAACAAGAUCAAUGAGAUGAAGACCUUCAACAGCCCAAACCUGAAAGAUGGCCGCUUUGUAGGGCCGGGGGGCCAGCCGACACCAUACGCCACCACCCAGCUCAUCCAGUCCUCCAUCAUGGGCAACCACGGUAACCCCGACAGAGGAACCGGAGGCAGUGGAGGAGGCCUCCUGGGUGGAGGGGAGAUGAAUGAAAAGCACUGCUGGAAGCCCCCCUCACUCCAGCAGCAGAAACAGGAAAUGGGCUCCCAGAUGCAGUACAACAUCAUGGAGCAAAACAAGCUGAACAAGGACCGCUACAGAGCAGGUGACAGCCCUAUGCCUGCCACCAUCCCCUACAACCAGACCCAUGACAGUCACACUGGAGGCUCCUACAACAGCUCGGAUCGAGGCAGCAGUAGCACCUCCGGGAGUCAGGGUCAAAAGAAGGGAGUGCGCACCCCCAAACUACCCAAACAGAGCACAAUGAAUUGGGCUGACCUUCUACCCCCUCCCCCUGCAAACCCACCCCCAAGUCGGAGCACAGAGGAGUACUCGCUUUCCAUGGAUGAAAGUUGUGAACCAGACAUGCAGUGCCCCAUGCCCCCCUCUCACAUGUACCUGCAGCCUGAUGAGCUGGAGGAGGAAGAGGAGAUGGAGAGGGGCCCCACUCCUCCCAUCCGAGGAGCAGCCUCUUCCCCUGCAGCUGUAUCUUACAGUCACCAGUCCACAGCCACCCUCACCCCCUCACCCCAGGAAGAGAUGCAGCCGAUGCUCCAGGACGCACCUGACAGCCAUGAACGCAGGCGCCACACAGUGAGCCCCCCACCCCUUCAAAUGCCCCACUCUCCUUCACACACAUAUGGGUACAUCCCCAGCCCGUUGGCCUUGGACACUGAUGGCAUGGAUGAAGAUGACGAUAUAUUGGAGGAAGAGGAGGAGGAGGGUGAUGAGACAGAUUCAGAGGUGGCCAAGAUGCACUACCACCACACCCACCCCCACACACACCCCCACCACCCCCAGAUGCAUCCACGAAGGUUGCUGCUCCGAGGGCUUGAACAAACGCCUGCGUCCAGCACCGGCGACCUGGAGAGCUCCGUCACCGGCUCCAUGAUCAACGGAUGGGGGUCGGCUUCUGAAGAGGAUAAUGUCUCUUCAGGGAGGUCCAGUGCCGUCAGCUCAUCAGACGGAUCCUUCUUCACUGAUGCUGACUUUGCUCAAGCGGUGGCUGCAGCUGCAGAGUACUCAGGCGUCAGGGUGGCCAAAUAUCCACACACACUGGGCCCAGAAGUCGGAGGAGCGUCAGCACGAAAAUACCAAAUAAACCCGUCAGGCCACCGUCCCAGCAGCCCGGUGUCCACAGACAGUAACAUGAGCAUGGCAGCUGUACACAGGAGGCCUCCUAAGAAGCAGAAACAGCAUCCAGCGGCUCAUCCAGCGGCUCAUCCAGUGGCUCAUCCAGCGGCUCAUCCAGCGGCUCAUCCAGGAAACCAGCGACGUGAAGUCUAUAAUGAAGAUCUCCCUCCUCCGCCCAUCCCACCUCCUGCAGUGCUCAAGUCACCUACACACCCGUCCAAGGCAGUCUUGGAGGGCCGGGGAGUUUCCCCCAAAGCAGUUGAAGGUCGAGACAAGAGAGGAGGAACCGGGGGCUACCAGCCUAGAGAGGGCUCGGACACCAGAACCAGCUCCUCUGAGCGCAGAGAGGCUCAGGAGAGACAAAGGACUGCUCAUGGAGGGAAAGGGAAUAAACAUGAGGGUAGCACCGCCAGCAAGGCUCGCCAACACGCAGGUUCAGAGGACAUUCAGCCCUAUAGCCGACCACAGUUCCCCACAGUCAACAGCCCCCGGGACCCCAGCUCCUCCAGCUCCAUGUCUUCCAGGGGCUCGGGGGGGCGGCGGAGAGGAGAAGGGGGCCGCAGGAACCCUGCAGACAUGAGCCUCAACACCACGGGGGCCUUCCAACCAGGAGAUGAAGAGUCUGAGAUGGUAGAAAGCUGAAGAACAGAAGAGGAACUGUCCUGAUUUUUCCAAGAGUGGAGCACCAUUCUUUCUCUUACAAUUUUAAAUAUUUCAGUAUUUCACCAUCAUGUUGGCUGCCAUUAUACUGUACAUCAGUAGUGUUUCUUUACAUCUGGAAAACAGACCAAUGCUUUUUUUUCUAACUUAUCAUUUUCUAUGUCCAUUUAAAAAAAAAAAAGGAGUGUCUGAAGAUAAAAGAAUGGUGCAUUGAAAACAAAAUACGCAGUAGUAUAUUUAUGUUUAAUUCCAAUGCAAUAUGGAGAGAAAUCCUGCUCCAGACAUUGACAUGACUCUGCUUGCCUCGCCAAGAACUUUGGAGAGCCAAUACAGAUAUUACUGUAAUAAAAAAGCUGCAAGCAGAGAGGGGUGGACUGUCUGUAAAUAUACGUGUAUACAUGAUGUCCUCUUGUUUUACCCACUGUGGUACCUCAAAUUUGUCUUCCAUGUUUUAUUUUGCGAAUUCUAAUUUUAUUAUGCCAGUAAAUAUAAUUAUUUGUAUCAUUUCCAUCCAUGUUGUAAAUUGCUAUAUUAUUUAGCUGCCCCAAGAAAGUGCCACUUUGGGAUUUUUCUUUUUCUUUUCUUUUCUUUUUUGUAAUGCACUGUUAUGUUUCGUGUUGUUGUCAAUGUUUGUUAUUUGUUUUACUUUGGUUUUAAAAGCACAAUCACUAAACUUUAUUUUAAACCAUUCUAUCUAUUAACCUUUUUGUCUUACUGGAGGAAAACAGGUAUGACAAAAGAGUCUAGUUAAUCCUGAUGAUGACGAUGAUAAUGAUGUUGGUAAAGGUUGCUGUUUACGAAGGCUGUGCUUGAAAGGAGACUCCUUGCGUUGUGAUUGUCACCCUCUCCAGUUCUGACGCUAGAUCAAGUGAUUAAAAAAAGACAGUUAAUGUGAGUCAUAGCUGCAAUGUAUAUAUCUUUUUCGCAUUGACCAUAAACUCAGCUAUUGCACAUAAAUCUAAAUGGUUAUGUUGUCUACUAAUGCACUUAAACGAAUGUCAAAUACAGGAAAUAAGAGUCACUUUGGGAAUCUGGAGAGGUUGUAAUUGGACAAGAAGAGUCUCUUUUCUUGAUAAGACAGUGGUGGCGGACCCCUGUUUUUAAGGAGGAAGGGUGCUGUUGUUUAUUCAUAGGACAUCUGCAAACAUUUGUUUCGUAAAGCAAAAAUGUAAAAGAACAAAAAAAAAGAUGAAUAAAAAAGUUCAAACUA